AUUAAUUUGUGUUUGUGAAAAGAAAACAAAAAAAAGCAUUUAUUAAGAAAAAUUUAAUGAAAAGGCAUUGAUUAUUGUAAACCUUUUUUGUUCGUUUUAAUUUAUUAGUUGUAUAGAGAAAAUUAUUUAUAAAAAAUCAAUCGAAAUAUGGCCUUGUACAGUGAAAAUAUUGGCAAUCGUAUCCUUGAACUGCUUAGUUUUCCUCUAUUGGAUCGAUGUACAGAAUUGAAUAUACUAUUCGAAAGAUGCAAUUUACGAGAGCUGCAGGAAAUAUUUCCCUCAAUUGUACAGUCCGUAUUCGGUAUUGGUACUGGUGGUCUGGGUUGGGGCUUAAGGGCCACCACGAAGGAAAAUUCUCCCCAAUGUUUCGAUAUGCUGCACAAUUUUUUUGGACCCAUGGGACCAAUGUUUCGUUUGUGUUAUCGUUUGUUAAAUGAAGCCAUUAAGUUUGAGUUGUCAUUGGAACAAUUGCCGCACAAAUUAGUUGAACUUUUACACUCCGGUCAAUACAAUAUGUUUUAUGCCGACCUUAUUAAUGUUGAUCCUUUAAGAAGACAAAUUUCUUCUUUGUCUCUAAAUGCGUUUGACUAUUAUAUAUUACAUUUUGUAAUACAUGCUACGUAUCCUUUGCACAAAAUGUAUCCGGCUGCCUUACAAGUACACAAUGAACGCAUGAAAACUGUGUAUUUCUUUUUGACAGCUGAAUAUCUGUGCAAUUUUCUGCCCAGUCGUCCGGACGCCAUGGUUAUGCCCACGAAUAUAUGUACCAGUGUAAAAGCACCACAACCCAUGCCCGUGCAACAGUUACAACCAAAAAAAUCCCCCAAAUAUUUAAGGAUACCCCAGACGAAUAGUAGUUUAUAUGGUAAUAAUAUGUCACAAAUGAAUCAGCGCAGUGCAGAUGCAUCACCACGAGUACAUGCCUGGAGAACGGAGUCGGUUAUGCAUUUUUUCAUAGACACUUGGUUGCGUUAUGAUAUAGACGAGGCCAGGGAUCUUCCCAGCAGUGAAUUUAUACGUGUUGUGCGCAUUUUGGUGAAACAAACACAUUCCUUUGCCAAUGCUGCUUCUUUGGAUCAAACUGCCAUGGCUUCUUUGCGUAAAAUGGCUCAACCCAUGAUGAAGCCACGUAUUUAUCCAUUUAUCAAAAGCAUUAUAGGAAGAUGGCCAUUGGACAGUUCAUUGUCUGUGGUUUUGGAAUUAUGGCUAAGCUAUAUACAACCUUGGCGUUAUAGGUUUGAAUGGCAAAAUAAUGGUAUGACAAGUAUGGAUGGUCCCAUCAGUAGUAGAUUUGAUUCUUUUAUAGCUGAAAAUUUGGUCAUAUACACACAAAUCUUUGUGCAUAUAUUACCGCGUUUUGAAAGAUUAGAUUUCACCUCCUUUCCCAAUGUUAUUAUGUUGCAUCGUUUGGUAAAGGUUUUCAGUCAACCAGGAUUAGCCCAAAAGUUAUAUCAAGCCGAAAAAUCAUUUGCCGGCAGCACAAUGGCAUUUGAAUCACCCCGUAAACACAGUACCUUCUUAAGCUCUACUCCGGGUUCUUGCGACUGGGCUGAUAAUUUUUAUCACGAUGAUGUGUACACCCCCAUGUUUGGCCCCGUCAUACGCCAAGAACUGGAACAAUUUAUUAAAACCGUACAUAUCUCACGUAUGUAUAUACUGCAAGAAAUCCAAACUAUACGCCGUGAACAAUUGGAUCGACGUAAAUCGUUGGGUUUCUUUAAGAAACUAUUUAUUAGUUUAUUUGAAGACAAAUCUCCCGAAGAGUUGAAAUUACAGGAAAUUAAUAAAAUACCCGAUAUACUUGAAUUGGCGGUUCGUUCUCUAUGUCAAAUGUUUGAAGUCGAUUUGCCUAAUAUAUCUAUGGAACAAUUGGAUGUUACCGCUAGUGCUAGCUUUAAUGAGAGCUUCAAUUUCUCCAUAUAUGACAAUAGUGAUUAUCUAGAUUUUUCUCGUGUAUCCCCUAGACAAAUGAUGGACAAUUUAGCAAAUAUUAAGUCAUCUAUUGAUCCUGCUCUUAUGCCCAUACAAACGUAUGAAGUUAAGGUGUUGGUGCGCAUAUUACAUCAAAUUUGCUGUUGUAUCAAUGACAAGUAUGGCCCCCAAUUACAAACCCUCUGGACUCGUUCGGAUAUUGUUGGUAAACUAUCCCGACAGAUUUUAUACGCUCCCAUGACGGCUCAAUGGUUUGACAAACCAAGAGCUUCUGGUGAUGUUUCAGGUGUAAGCGAAUUGUGUGAACAACAAGUACCAGCCCGUUUAUGUUUACGAUUUUUAGCCUCAUAUCGUGCAUUAGCGUUAAUAUUUUUAGCUCUUGCUCUUGGCUAUAUAUUCUGGGGCUCAUCGACAUUUGGUUUAACAACAUUAUUGUUGAUUACAAUAAUUUAUGUAUUUAUUAUGGCCCUUAUAUCGUCUUAGUGUCAACUAAACCUGUCCAAAGCAUCAAAUAAUAAUGAAAUAGCAUAUUUUGUUAAGAAAAAUUUUGUAAUAAUAAAAAAUUUAUUUUAACAAUUAAA